AUGGCUCCUCCUCCUACUUAUGCGACAUGUCCAGAAUGUAAGAAAGUUAUGCUAAAGAAAAAUUUCUACUCACAUCUCAGAGUCGUCCAUCACAAGCUUUCGGAAGAGGUGCUGAGAAUCCGCGAAGAGCUGAGCAGGGAAGCAGGUCUGGCUAAGGUAACUUGUCCAUUGUGCAAAGAGGUGUUCACUACACACGAAGGGCUGGCGCAACACUGCCAGGCGAAUCACUCUGAGGAAGGCGCCGGUGGACGGCCGCAAAACUACUCUAUUAUAACAACAACUUUCGCAAGCCGUGAAGAGUAUGAGGUAACUUGUUUUGUCUUUGCAGUAUCUCUGACCUAUAAAAUUUAUUUCAAUCCAGAGCAUUCUAUGGACUAUAUCAUAGACCGCCUUCGCAAGGAAGACCCAACAAAGUCCACUAAGCUCUCGUUCGUUGUAAAGCGUGAUCUACGCAAUAUCAUACAGAAGUACAAUAUGGCUCCAGGAUGGAGACAUAAUGACGACCUUACUUCCUUGCAACUGCGCUUUGAGGAGCGCAAUCCAGACGAUGGAAUCAGACUAGUCACCCUGAUGGUAUCAGAUGAGAAGGAUCGCGGUCUCCCAGGAGGGUCAGCACAAGCUUCAUUGCGCCCGAAGGUCAACAGCGCACUCCAGCUUUUGCUAAAAGAGGUGCAACUGGACGAGUUCGAGAGGCGUUUCGCGGAAAUACUUGUGUAUCUCCGCGAAAAAAAUCAAGGGCUCAUGGCUACUUAUCUUGAGAGGAACUACCUUGGUACUAGUUUUUACUAUAUGGUGGAUACUUGA